AUGGGUUGGACCGCAUUCCUAUUGACAUACCUUCUUGGAGGCGUCACCUUCCUCCCGUUGCUCCUAAUCAUUAUCUUCGCCCAUGCCUACGCCACCAGUCCAUACCGCCCAGAUGCCGACCCGUUGGAGAGGCCGACCCUCGAUGACGAUCUGGUACAACCCGGCGACGACCUCGGACCCCUCAAAGCGGCGCAGAAGGAGGGGGUCAAGCUCCGGCCAGUCCAUCAUGAGCAGGAUGUCGCGGCCGGCUACUUUGCUGUCUGCCGCGACUACACGCCAAUGGGCAUCAAUGCGAAGCCGAUUGAGCGGUCGACACCCGUGGGCUCGGCCACGGUAGCCGCUCCCAGUCCCAGCGUCUAUCAGACCAUGUAUCGCAGCAUCUUCGACCGAAAGCAGGUGCCCGGGCCCCUGGACAACAAGAAUGGUUCUAGUCAACGGCCCAAAAAGGCCGGCAAUGUGUUCUAUGUUGUGCUACGACAUGGCCAUUUGAUGCUCUUUGACGACGAUGAGCAGCUCGAGGUGCGCCAUGUGGUUUCUCUCGCGCACCACGACAUCAGCAUAUAUUCUGGCGAACCCGUGACGCCAGAAGGGGAGUUGUGGAUCAAGCGCAACGCCAUCUGCCUCUCCCGUCGGACGGAUGGGCCGGAGCUAGGCCCGGACACUCAGCUUUCGAAGCCCUUCUACCUAUUCUCUGAGAAUUGCUCCGCCAAGGAGGACUUCUACUUUGCCCUGCUUCGGAACCAAGAACAGACUGUCCCGGCGGAGAAUAGGCCGCCGACGCCUAUCCAGUUUGACAUCAAGAACAUCAUCUCACUGGUUCAGAAGCUACACUCGUCUGAGGAACAUAUGCAAACCAGGUGGCUUAAUGCCAUGAUUGGGAGGGUGUUCCUUGCAGUGCACAAGACGAAGGACAUGGAAAAUUUCAUCAGAGAAAAGCUCACCAAGAAGAUAUCUCGAGUCAAGCGGCCAUCCUUCUUGUCCAAUAUUGCCAUCAAGGCUAUCGACACGGGCGACUCAGCGCCUUACAUUACGAACCCACGACUGAAGGACCUGACGGUCGAGGGAGAGUGCGGGCUCGAGGCCGACGUGCGCUACACUGGAAACUUCCGCCUUGAGGUUGCCGCAACCGCUCGCAUCGACCUGGGCUCUCGCUUCAAACCGAUGGAGGUCAAUUUGGUCCUCGCGGUUGUCUUGCGGAAGCUGGAAGGCCACGUACUCUUCAAAAUCAAGCCUCCGCCGAGCAACCGCAUCUGGUUUUCCUUCCAGCAGAUGCCUAAGAUCGAGAUGACCAUUGAGCCCAUUGUGAGCUCUCGGCAGAUCACAUACACGGUGAUUCUUCGGCAGAUCGAGAAUCGGAUCAAAGAAGUUAUCGCUGAAACACUCGUCUUGCCAUUCUGGGACGACACCCCUUUUUUCAGCACCGAGCACAAGAAGUGGAGGGGCGGGAUUUUCCAUGAUGACACGCUUAAGCCAGCAGCUGACCCUGAGUCUGCUGCCGCUCAAGAGGGAGAUUUGGGCGAGGUGGAACGCCUCGAAGAAGCCCAUGGCGUUCCGGAGGCUGAUCUCCCCCAAGUGGAGAAGAGUCACAGCCUCCCUGUUCUGGACAAAAAGCCGUCGGUUGGCUUAUUUGGGAAGAGGCUCUCCAGCAAGGCAAGCAAGGCAGACCUGGCAUUGUUGCCGGCAUCAUCGACAACGGUCGAAGCCAAACACGAGGCGAAGAGCGUGAUGGGCUCUCCUCCGCCCGUGUUCUCUGCUCCCUUUGCACAACCUUCUUCCCCAACAGUGGGAACCAUCGCCACUCAUGCGGACCAGUUCAAGCCCUCGUCUUCCCCGCCCAAUGGUGAUUCGGCGGCAGCAGCCAUGGCGACGCUAUCCGCGACAUCUCACAUACCAUCACCAGCCCAAUCGCCGAACUUCAAUGCCUUUAAGCCUUACAUUACUUCUAAAUCAUCCGCUCACUCGUCUUCCAGUUCCUCUAGAGACGCCACGGAUACUGAGAACGACGCGGAUAAAACACCGCAAGCGCGGCGAAACACUGCUUCAUCUACAGAGAGCCACAACGAUAGCGUAUCCAGAUCCCCAACAUUGUCUGCUAAAGGUUCCACUCGUAGCCAAGGGGGGCCGAUUUCAAGGGGCUUGUUUGGCCGACGCCAGACAACAUCUUCAACCUCGUCUGGCUUAAAUUCUCAAAGCACGGAUGAGGUGCAUAAGCGGACAGCGUUGAAUGCGGUCGCUAACGCAGCUGCAUCGGCCAGGCGCUGGGGUUUACAUGCCUUCCAGCGGCGUGGCAACGACGAAGCCGCCGCGAACCACAGCCAGCCCGGUGAAGUAGUCCCGGUGCUGGAUCUCAGUCAGCCGAUGGGACGCGGGCAGCCGCUUCCGCCGCCGGGAACGCCACUCCCGAUGCCGGACAAGAAAAUCCCAACUGCGACCAUCCAAGUCCCCAAACGAAAGCCCAUCCCUCAGACGUCAACAGAACGACACAUUGAGCAGGCAAAGCAGGCAAGCGAGCGCCGCCCAGCCCCUCCUCCUCCGAUUCCUAAGAGACGACAGAUACAUCGCCAGCAGCAGGGUGACCAAAACAAUGUGCUCGUGGUGGCCGCGCCUGCAGACUCGGAACCCACCACUCCUCUCAAUGAGUCUCAUAGCCAUCCAUGCACUGAGGCGCCGGUCGAGGUGGUUGAUCCCACUGAUGCUGCUUUGCCAAGCGAUGCGGUUGACAACGCUACGGCUACCGAGCAUACAGGCUCUGAAGCGUCACUCGCCGCGACCAACGGGGGGAGUGAAUCAGCCGGGGUCACCGGGCCGUUGGCCGGGGGCGCCGAUGACGAUGAUUUCUCGGCGUGGAUGGACGACCCGGGCCCGGAGGAGCCGGAUCUUCCGGCCAUCGCGCAUUUGGCGUGA